AUGGGUAAUGACUCUAGUUUGAAGCUGAUUGAUAAGAUCAACAAUUUAGAAAGAAAUGAUACUUUUUUUUCUUUUGAGUUUUUUCCGCCAAAAACUCAACAAGGUCUCGAAAAUUUGAAGUCUCGUGUCCAGAGAAUGGGAAAACUUGAGCCUUUGUUUAUUACAGUCACUUGGGGCGCAGGUGGUUCUACCGCCGAAAAAUCUAUAGAUUUAGCCGAAUAUAUCCAGAAGUCAGGUUAUACAACAUGCCUUCAUUUGACUUGUACAAAUAUGGAUAAAUCUCUACUUGAGAAUGCUCUCAAACGUGCUAAGUCAAGCGGUAUUCGUAACAUUUUAGCAUUGAGAGGAGAUCCUCCCAGGGAUGGUGAAUACAAUACAAAUAGAAACUCUGACUUUAUUCACGCUGUUGACUUGGUUCGCUAUAUCCGUAGUAACUACGGCGAUUAUUUUUGUAUCGGAGUUGCCGGAUAUCCAGAGGGGCAUGUUGAUGGAUCGGAUAACUCAAAUCAAAAUUUUUUAAAAGAUAUCCCUUAUCUUAUAGAAAAAAUUGAAGCUGGGGCUGAUUUUAUAAUUACCCAACUUUUUUAUGAUGUUGAGAAAUUUUUAGCUUAUGAGUCAGUUUUGAAAGAAAACCCAUUGACAAACAAAAUUCCGUUAAUUCCUGGGUUAAUGCCUAUUAAUACUUAUCAAUCAUUCAUUCGAGUAUCAAAAUUGAGCAACGUUUCAAUUCCUAGUUCCAUUACUAAAAUAUUUGAAAAUAUUAAAGGGAAUGAUGAACAGGUUAAACUUCAAGGAGUCAAAAUUCUCACAGAUAUCAUUGACAAGAUUUACACAAAAACUAACAGCCGAGUUAGAGGAUUUCAUUUUUACACUCUUAAUUUAGAAAAGUCAGUGGCAUUAACUAUUGAAAAUUGUAAUAGUAUUCAUAUCAUCAGUCCUAAAGAUUUCUCUAGUGCCAUUGAUUCUUGUGAAGAAGAAAAAAACGAAAUUUCUGUAAUACAGAAAAAGCCUCGUCGCUCUAGUACAAAUGCACAUAACAGAUUAAUUGUUUCCGAAAUUCGAAAUUCGAUUGAUCCUCUCAAUGCAGUCAAAGCCUCUCAAGUUUCGUCAUCUGUCCCAUCUAAAUCACGCGAGUUUUUAGCUAUUUCUACUGGUGAGGGUUCUUUAGGCCGCGAGGCUAAUUGGGAUGAUUUUCCAAACGGGAGGUUCGGAGAUUCUCGAUCUCCUGCUUUUGGGGAAAUUGACGGGUAUGGACCAAGUUUGAAAGUUGAUAACACAAAAGCUUAUCAUAUAUGGGGGUAUCCCAUUGAUAGAAAAGAUAUUAGCAAACUAUUUAUCUCUCAUAUUACUGGAACUCUAGAAGCUCUCCCUUGGUCUGACCAAAGUUUAGACAGAGAAACAGCUUUAAUUCAAGAACAGUUGAUCAAUUUAAACAAGAAUGAGCUAUGGACUGUGGCUUCUCAACCUGCAUGUAACGCAGUUAAAUCUGAUGAUAAAAUUUUUGGAUGGGGUCCUCCAAUGGGGAGAGUUUUUCAGAAAGCCUUUGUUGAAUUUUUUAUUUCUCCAGAGAAAUGGGAAACAUUAAAAAAUAAAUUUGAUAAAGAUGAAGUUUCACAGUCAAUAUCAUAUUAUGCUUGUCGUAAUGAUUUGAAACUUAUAAGUAAUACAAGCAAAAAUUCUUCAAAUGUUGUUACAUGGGGCGUUUUUCCAAAUAGGGAAAUCCUUCAGUCAACGAUUAUUGAGGGUAUUUCUUUUCUUUCUUGGGCAGAAGAAGCUUUUUCUCUUUGGAAUCAAUGGAAAUACAUCUAUCCAAAAACUUCAGCUUCAUAUAUAUUACUUGAUGAUAUUUCCAAAAACUAUUAUUUAGUUACCGUAGUUCACCACGAGUACAUGCGCGAAGAAGCAUUAUGGGACUUACUCCUUUCAUUACUUCAGUAA